AUGGAAGCACAAAGCGAGGCUGCGGCGCCUGCCGUGACAUUCAAGAAGCGUAGCAAGAACGCGAAUUUGCGGAAGCGUCCAGCGACACCGCCACUGGCCUCAGAUUCGGAGGAAUAUUCAUCAGAGGACGACACGGGAAGAAGAGUCAAGCGGAGACGAAAGAUUGGGGCCGUCGUCGCCUCGUCGAAUUUGAGCAAGCCAAACAGCACGCAGGACCUAUCUACAACAACUCAGUAUGCUGCGGACCGCUCAAAGGCGAUCGAGUCCAGCAACGACGCGACGAAGCAGUCGAAUUGGUACGAGGAGGGCAAAGGCGACGAUCUAUCUUCAAAGAGUCUGCUCGGGAAGACUCGUUCAAAGCCUCAGCAAGACGCCAACGAGCCCAAAGAGCUGGACGGGAAAUACAAGGGCAUUGCUGCCUACAGUGACUUCAUCAAGAAGAACCCCGAUGCGCCGGACCGGAAAUUCGGACCCAUGAAGGCGGCCACCAACAUUCGCACGAUUACGAUGACCGACUUCGCACCCGAUGUCUGCAAGGACUACAAGACGACUGGGUUUUGCGGCUUUGGGGACAGCUGCAAGUUCUUGCACGCUCGCGAGGACUACAAGCAGGGCUGGGCGCUGGAUCGAGACUGGGAGCAGCAGACGAAGGGCAAGAAGCAGAGCGGCACGAUUGUCGCAUCUAUGUACAAAAACACGCAGGACAAAGACGAGGACGAAGAGGACGCAGAGCUUCUAGAGAAGAUCCCGUUUGCGUGCAUCAUAUGCAAGAAACCGUACACGAGCCCCAUCGUCACCAAGUGCGGCCACUACUUCUGCGAGGCGUGCGCGCUGCAGAGGUAUAGGAAGAAGCCGGACUGUGCGGCCUGCGGCGCGGGCACGAACGGGGUCUUCAACGUGGCGAGAGACCUGAAGAAGCUGCUUGAGAAAAAGAAGGCGCGAGAGGAGCGGCUGAAGCAGAAGGCGGAAGCAGAAGCGGAGCAGGAGGACGGCAGUUUGACGCACGAGUGA